UGCUAACGCUAGCACUUUGCUUAACGCACCACCGUAAUGCUGCGUUCAUGUCAUAUCGGUGUUACUGAGAUUACCAGUUUCCCCCUUGUAAAUAGUGUUCAUGUAAGUCAAUUUUUGUAGAUAACUUGGCGCAAAAACUACAGAAGUGCCUCCAAAGUCUGUUGUUAAAGGUAAAGCUGAAAAAGUAUGAUAUUUUUUAAACCCUUUCGCGUCUAACACAAGUUCCACAACCCGAAUAGCCAUAAAGCCGUUUUUCUCUAUCCUUUGCUAUAACACACAGGGGUUUUCCACACCUUCGUCGUCAUAGUUACAGAAAUAAAUACACGGUUAAGGUUGUGAACCUGUCACGGAUAAAACAAACAACCCAUCCGUCCACCCCGAUCUCCUCUGAACGUGAACUUACGCUCUUCGCUUCGUCACCUAGCUUCCUCAUUUGCUUCCGUCAUAGUUAUACAGCCGCUGAAAUCAAACAAAGGAGGGGCUGCAGGAUGUGGUCACCGAUGUAUAUAAGCGCCAUCAAAACUCAGACUGCCACUGCUACCUAGUAAUACAGGUUGUGGAGAAAAGAUGAAUGCCAUCCAGGUGAUUUCCCUGACUCUGCUGUCCGUCCUGGCAGCCAGUGCUCAGGUCAUCAUGCCAGGAAGAUGCCCCAAGCCUGCUGUUCAGGAGAACUUUGAUGCUGCCAGGUAUCUUGGUACAUGGUAUGAUAUCCAGAGACUGCCACAUGCCUUCCAGAAGGGCGAGUGCAGCACUGCCACCUACAGCCUGAAAAGCCCUGGAGUAGUUGGUGUCCUCAACAGGGAGCUGCUUGCUGAUGGGACCAUUAACUCCAUCAGUGGCUCUGCCAUGGCCAAGAACCCCUCUGAGCCCGCCAAGCUGCUGGUCUCCUUCUUUGAGAACUCUCCCCCUGCCCCUUACUGGGUCCUGUCCACCGACUACGACAGCUACUCUCUGGUCUACAGCUGCACCGACCUCGGCGUGCUCCACGUGGAGUUUGCAUGGAUCAUGAGCAGGCAGUCUACCCUGCCUGAGGAGACCAUUGAGGAUCUGCACAGCACUCUGUCCUCCAUCGGAGUCCGUGUGGACAAGCUGCUCACCACCAACCAGGACGCAGCUUACUGCAGCGCCAUGAACCAGUAAACAGACCGAGACAGAUAAUCCAGACUCAGCCUUCAGACACCGCUGUGUUCUGUACUGUGGUACUUAUGACUGUACGUCUCAAAGUAUGUCUCAUGCAAAGUCAACGCAAUAAACUUGUUGAACCUGAA